CGCCCCCUCCGCCCUCCUUCCUCGCCCCCUCCCCCACGGGCCCUGUCGCUUGGGGCGUCGACGACAGCGCCGUUGGUCCCGGCCAUGGAAAGGGCCGAAAAGGAGCCCCCGGCGUCGGCGGUCCUGCAGGACCAGUGCCAUUUCACCCAGAUCAUCUUCACCAAUGUGGAGAAGCGCUACGUGCCGGGAAGGGACGUGACCUGCCGCUACACCCUCACCCUGAACUUCGUGCCCCGCCGGAAGGACUGGGUGGGCAUCUUUCGGGUGGGCUGGAAGACCGUCCGCGAGUAUUACACCUUCAUGUGGGCUUCCCUGCCCAGGGACCUCCACAGCGAGUCAGCUCGGGAGCAGGAAGUGCAGUUCAAAGCCUACUACCUACCCAAGGACGACGAGGAUUACCAGUUCUGCUACGUCGACCAGGAUGGAGUGGUCCGGGGGGCCAGCGUCCCCUUCCAGUUCCGGGCCGAGAGUGAAGAUGGCAUCCUGGUCGUCACCACUCAGGGAGAGGUGGAGGAGAUCGAGCAGCGCAACCAGGAGCUGCAGGAGGAAAACCAGGAACUGCGGGGCAGCUGCGGGAACCUCUUGGAGCAGAAAGAAGAGCUGCAUAAGCAGUUGCAGAGGGCCCAGGAGAAAGUGAAGGAGUUGGAGGGAGAGAUCGACUCCCUGAAGAGCGGAAACUCUGAGCUCCAGAGAGCCCAGGAAACGCAGAACUGGGAGAUGAAGUCUGCCCAGGAACGACUCGUCUCCGUGCAGGAGCAGACGGGGACGCUGCAGAAGGAGAACCAGGAGCUGAAGGGACAGCUGGAGUCCCUGAUGGUCAUCAAGGAGAAGCUGGAGCAGCAAGUCUCCUUCCUGAAGGAAGAGAACAAACGGCUGGAGGGGGACAAGGCCCACCAGGAGGAGGAGCUCCAGCAGCUCCAAGACCAGGCCUGGCAGGUGUUGGCAGAAAAGAAGCAGUUGGAAGUCAAGCUGAAGAGCAGCCUGGACCAGUUGGACCAGCUCCAGUCUCAGUUCUCCAUUCAAGAAAAAGAGAUAGAAAAAGUGUCUCAGGAGGCCCAGGACAAGACAAGGCACCUGGAACAAGUGACGAAGGAAAAUGAGCAGCUGCUCCUCCGUCUGGCCAAACAGAGGGAACAGCAAGAGCGACACGUGGAGGAGCUGAAGCAGGAAACGUCGUCGACGGCCCAGCAGCAUGUGCACCAGAUCAGCGACCUGACCCUCAAGCUGGCAGAGAGUCAGCAGGCAUUUCGCCAAUUGCAGAGGGAGAAGAAGAACACUGAAGGGGAGAAUGAACUCCUGCAAGCUGAGAACAGGAGACUGCUGAGCUAUGCCGAUCGGGACCAGGGCAAUUAUCCCUUCGGUGAGCCCGUUCAAGCCCAGAGACCUUCUUGGAUGGACCGAGAGCCGGGAUGUAUCUUCAGAAAUUCUUACUCCGCUUCCCAAGAGUUUGCUCCGAACGACCUGCCCUCCUUGAAGACCUGCCCCGUCUGCUCUGACGUCUUCCCGGAGGGCAUCUACGAGGAGCACGUGAGGAGCCACACGCUGGACUGCCCCAUCUGUGACAAGAGCUUCUUGGACACCGACCGCCAGGUCUACGACGACCACGUGUUCUGCCACUCCCUCUAGAGAGGGGCUCCUCGCCGCUUGGCGCUUCGUAGCGGAGCCGUGACUGGGCUCCGGACUUCCACCCCAGAUUAGAUCUGGGCCUGCUCCGCCACACCGCCCGCCCUCCGGGCCAGACCCUCCCCGCCCCAGACUAGCCCCCGUGGCUACAGUCGGCGUGGUCAGCGUCAGAGGGGACCGGUCGGGGGUUAGCACCUCCACCUCCGCGCAGCGGGAUACAACCAAAGAUGAGAUGACCUCAGGGGCUUCCCCCAGUCCUCAGACCCAGCCGCCUGGCGCGAUAGCCCUUCCGGGAGUUACCUAUCCCUCACGUCCCCCGUCCUCUUCCUCCUCCCCUUCCCCGCCACCGCAGCCUCACGUACGACGGCCGGCCGGCCGAGAUUUAUUCCCCCGAGCCCCGAACCGGGCGGUCUCCGGUAUCCGCCGCCCGGCCAGGGACCCGCAGCUCCUCCGCUGGGUCCCGUCCCCGCCCCGCCCCGCCGAGCUCCGACGGAUUUGGCCCCGUAGCCUCGCUUGGCCCGCUGCUUUUACCGAGUGAAUUCUAAGGUUGGGACUUGCUCCCUUGAGCCCUUUGCAGGGAGAGCAAGAAUAAACAGAUUAUCUUUUCCAUGCCAAA